AUGCUUGAUCUUCAAUAUUCCGACGAUUCGAGCGGUAUGAACAACUUCGAUUGUCUCGUAACAGCACUGAGAGAUGCGCUUGGCUCUUCAGGUCUGACAUGCGACGACGUCAACCUUGAUCUGCUCAAGGACCUUAUGAAGAACUACGAAAGCAACGAGAAAGAAUGGAUUAGCUUCGCCCUUGCGGAUUCGAACAGGGAUUACACUCGAAACUUGGUGGAUGAAGGAAAUGGCAAAUGCAAUCUGCUUGUUCUCGUCUGGACCCCCGGGAAAGGCAGCCCAAUCCACAGUCACAGCAAGGCUCACUGUCUGAUGAAGAUUCUGAAGGGCCAGCUAACCGAGACACGAUACGAUUUUCCACCGUCCCAGGAGAAGUCGAACAACCCCACAAGCUCAGACGCCGGAAGGAGUAUGAAGCUCAUAAAGGAGUCAACUUAUAUCAGGGAUGAUGUGGCUUACAUGAGUGACGACCUUGGUGUGCAUCAGAUGUGGAACAAGAGCGAUGAGUUUGCGGUAUCUUUGCAUCUUUAUACGCCUCCCAAUAUCGUACGGGAUGGUUGCUAUAUCUUUGAUGCCGAGACGGGAAAAGGUACUCUGUCGAAGAACUGCGAGUAUUACUCGAUUCGGGGAAAUAGGCUCAAAGGGCGAUCGCGUGAAAGUACCCAACGUGAAAUCCCAUCGUUACUUUGA